AGGUUACUAUUCCAGAUAAAAUCAAAGGAAAGGAAGAACUUGAAGACAAUCAAGGCAAGAGAUGGACCUAUCCCAUAAAUUUUCUAAGAGAGAGCUCACCUUGCUAUAUGAAGAAGUCCUCUAUUCUAUUCUCCAUCGCUUGGGCAAACCAGAGCCUACCCAUGUUGCUGAUCCAGAAGAGCUGUAUGCAUAUGUGCAAAAGGUUUUUAAUAUGGAUCCAGAAGAGCAUAAUAUUAUAUUACAGAGGACCAAAGAACUGGAGAGUCCAAUCUUUUGUCUUAAAGCAACUGUGAAGCAAGCCAGGGGAAUUCUGGGUAAAGAUGUCAGUGGGUUCAGUGACCCAUACUGCCUCCUAGGGAUAGAAAAUAAGAAGCAGGACUCUUCUGCUAAUGGUGGCACCCACCAGGAGAACAAAAAACGAUCAAAGGCCGUGGUGAAGAAUCUGAUCCCCGAAGACCAGACACACCGCACACACAUCAUCCCUCAGACGUUAAAUCCUGUGUGGAACGAAACCUUCAUACUUGAGUUUAAAGAUGUAGAGAAUGCCAGAUUCCAUCUGGACAUGUGGGACUUCGAUGAAGUUGAAUCUGUACGCCAUAAACUGGGAGAACUAUCAGACCUCCAUGGCCUUAAAAGGAUUUUUAAGGAUGCUCGGAAGGACAAAGGGCAACAUGACUUUCUGGGGAAUGUGGUUCUUCGUGUGCAGGACCUGCAUUGCAUAGAAGACCGUUGGCACAAUCUGGAACCUCGCACAGAAACCUAUCCCAACAGAGGACAGUGCCGCCUGCAGUUCCUCUUGAUUCACAAGAAGAGGGCGACCACAGCCAGUAAGACACAGCCAAGCUACACAGUCCACCGGCAUCUUCUUCAGCAGAUGGUUUCUUAUGAAAUCCUUCAGCAUCAGGCUGGCAGCACCUCCUGGGAUGGAGAGCUGAGCAAACAAGCCAGUACAAUCUUGUAUCUACAUGCAACUCAGAAAGACCUUUCUAAUUUCCAUCAGGAUAUGGCGCGAUGGCUGGCUUACAGCAAGCUCUACCUGAUCCUGGAGUUCAACAGCAACUGCCUACUCCAUCAAAUUACCAGCAUAGAGUACCAGUGGGUGCAAGGGCGACUAAAACCUGAACAGAAAGCAGAACUGGCUGACUCUUUCCAGUCCCUGCUGGCCUAUGGGAUCUCUCUCCUCCGGAGGUACCGGAUCGUCUUCCCGCUCUCUGCUGCAAACUCUACACAGAGGCUGCAAUCACUGCUCAGGCUUUUGGUACAAAUGUGCAAAAUGAAAGCCUUCCGAGAACUUUGUGCCGUGACCCCCGAUCUUCAGCAAAUGGUGACAGAGGGACUCAAGACAGGAACAGCAGAAUGGUUCCAGAUGAAGAAACAACACUUGAAGCCAAUGGUCAAGACUAUGGAGGAGUGUGGCAAAGCUCUGGUCAGUCUGGUCACAGAAGUGAACGCAGAUCUCCAGCAGUGCCACAGAGUCUGGAACAAAUAUUUCAGCAACUCCAUGCGACUGGAUCUCUUCUCCAUUGCCUACUUAGAACUUCAGGAGCUGGUUUCCUGUUAUGUCAAAGAGCAGCUGAGCAUGAUGGACAGCGGCAUGUCCCACCUGACAGCAGAGAGCCUUUUCCAGCUCUAUCUCAACCUGCAGGAACUGCAUCGCAUGAAAGAAUUUCUGUGCAACAGUGAAACACCUCUUGAACUGAUGAAUUUCCACCAGUGGUUUAAGGAAGCCAUCCCCAAAUGGCUCCAGAAGACAUACACAAUUGGCCUGGAAAGGACUCAGAGAGCUGUACAGGUGGAUCAGCUGAAGCCACUGGGGGAGCUGAAUAAACAUAGUACAUCCACUGUGGACUUAUCUACCUGUUAUGCUCAGAUGGUCAAGACCUGGCAGCAGCUGGACUGGCCAGAUCCUGAGGAGGCUUUCAUGAUUAUGGUGAAAUUUGUUGAGGACAUGUGUAGGAUUGCUCUGAUGUACUGCCGGCUGAUCAAGGCAAGAGCAGAAGAAUUGUCAUCGUCAAGCCAGCGUGAGGAGGGAGAAGCAGCAAACCGGCUCUGCGUUGUAGUGAACAAUAUUGAGCAGCUUCGCAUGAUCAUCCUGAAGUUGCCCUCGCAGCUGGACUGGGCCCGUCUGAAGCAGCGGAUAGGAGAUGUCGUUGCCCCAGAACAGAUCCAGAACACCUUGCACCAUCAGCUUCAGUCCACGGUUGAAUGCCUCAACAACGAGAUCCGAGGCGUGGUGCAGACCCUGGCCACCAAGCUGGAAGCCGGGAUUUCCAGACACAUUCAAGAGCUGUCAACCUGUAGUGACUCCAAAGACCCAGAAGAUUGUAUCAUCCCAUUAAUGAAGUUUUUGGAGUGUGAGUUCGAGUACUUGCAUGGAAACCUGGUCCAAGAGAACUUUAACAGCCUUCUGGAGCUGCUGUGGAAUCAUACCUUGGCGACGUUGACCAAGGCUGCCAAAAAGCAAGAUGCCAACUUGCAGUACUUCAGGAAACUGCAGUUUGCCCUCCAGAGCUUGGAACUGUCCUUCCAUGCAGAAGGCUGUGGGCUGCCAAAGGACACCCUCCACGCGGCAGCUUUUACAACUCUGGAGAAAGAGCUGGAUCUCUGCUCUUCCACCACUAGAAAACUCAUCCAGAAGUACUUCAGUGCCAGAAUCCAACAGCAGACAGAGGCUAACUCUGAAAAAUACGGCGCUGUGACCAUUAAAGCCAGUUACCGCCACUCAGAGCAAAAGCUGUGCAUCGAAGUGCUCAAUGCGGUCAACCUCCUGCCCCUGGACUCAAAUGGCUCAAGUGACCCCUUUGUCCAGCUGACCCUGGAGCCAAGGCAUGAAUUCCCUGAAGUGGUAACAAGGACAACCCAGUGCAUCAAGAACAAUCUCCACCCUCUGUUUGAUGAAGUCUUUGACUUUUUAAUUCCUCCAGAAAAAUGCCAACAGGAUGGGGCAUGCUUAUUGCUCACAGUAUUUGACUACGAUACCUUAGGAGCCAAUGAUCUGGAAGGAGAAGCCUUCCUGCCUCUCUGCCGGGUACCAGGACUGAAUGGGGAUGAGGGAGCCGCCAACCCAUCCAGAGUUCCCCAGACCCGUUUAUCCUUGAUGCAUCCUGGAGCCACUGGCAAUGAAAUCCUGAAGCUGCUGGAGAACCGAAAGGGAGACAAGGAAGCUCAGGCAUUUGUGAAGCUGCGCAGACAACGGGCAAAGCAGUCCAAGGAGCUCGAAUGA